AUGGCUGGAUCGUGGCAGCAGCAGCAGCUUCGCUCCCCGUUUCAGGGUGCUCUUAUUUGGGAAACCAAACUCAACUCUCCUUCCAAGGGAUUUGAGGUGGUGAAGGGGAAUUUCUCUCGGACGUUCCUUCGUGUUGGCUACCAUAAGAUUGUAGAGAUUCCAGCAGGAGCAUGCAACAUCAGCAUCCAGGAGACCAUAAAGAGCAGGAAUUAUUUGGCUCUGCAGACCCGAAGCAGCACCUCAAUCAUCAACGGGAACUGGGUGAUCGACCGGCCUGGCUUCUACACGGCUCUGGGAACACAGCUGACGUACCGUCGACCCAACGAGAUCCGCUCCCGCGGCGGGGAAUCCAUCACUGCUCCCGGGCCCCUCACUGAGGACCUGCAUGUUUAUCUGAUCUAUCAGCAACCAGGUCCCAGUGUCUACUAUGAGUAUAGUGUGCCUUCCAACACCCUCCCCACUCCUGAGGCAGACACACCGCCCCAUGUUCUUUCCCUGGCUGAGACUGUAGACCAGUCGUCCCGGGAAGAGGGAGGAGGACACGAUGAAAUUAGCAACAAUUUUAUCAUCAAGGAGAAACCCCAUCCCAACCGAGUCUCGCCGGACCCCGACGGGAACUUUGUACCUCAGCCCACCUACGUCUGGACGAAAGGCGGCCACACAGAGUGCAGCACCACCUGUGGGAGAGGCAAGCGUCAAGUGCUCUGGGAGUGUGUUGAAAAGGAUUCCCAGACGACUGUUCUUGCUGACCUUUGCGACCCGACCACUGAGCCAACAUAUCAAGAGGAAGACUGUAACAUCCAGCCCUGCCCCGCAUACUGGGACGUCGGGGAGUGGUCGGAGUGCAGUCGGAGGUGCGGGCCCGGCACUCAGCAUCGUCAGGUCAUCUGCCGCCAGGUCACUCGUGUGGAUGUCAACGGGACUGAAACUUCGGUGACGGUCACUCCCGAGCUGUGCGGGUCUUACGACAUGCCAGAGACCAAGUCUGUGUGCCAGCUGAAGAUCUGCAGUCAGUGGGAGAUACGAUCUGAGUGGAGUCCUUGUUCGGUGCCGUGUGGCGUUGGCCAGCGCAGCAGGGAGGUGGUGUGUGUGAGCAACCAGGGCGAUGUCGAAGACGACCAGGAGUGUAACAUGAAACUCAAGCCAGACACACUGCACAACUGUGACAUGGGGGUGUGUGCACGCAGCUGGUUCACCUCCCUCUGGAGCCAGCGGUGCUCUGCAGAGUGUGGCAAAGGGAAUCGAACCAGGGUGGCCGUAUGCCUGAUGGACCACGCCACUGACCUCCCGCUGGACAGCUGUGAAGGCGAGCGCCCAGCAGAGGUGGCAUCGUGCGACUCGGGGCCCUGUCUGAAUCGGCUGGAGUGGUACACAGGACCUUGGGGACAGUGUUCUGCAGAGUGCGGUAACGGCACACAGACUCGCAGUUUGGCCUGCAUUUUCAACAACAACGGUCGAGUGGAGGCUGUGGAGCCGGCAAAAUGUUCCGGCCUCGCUCAGCCAGUCACAGCUCGGCCCUGCAGACUGAAGCCGUGCGGCGUCCAGUGGUACGUCACCGAGUGGAGCGCGUGCUCUCGCUCCUGCCACGGCGGCUUCCGUGUGCGUGAGGUACGCUGUCUUACUGACGCCAUUGUGCCCAGCGACCAGUGUGACCCUGACCUGAUCCCGGAGAGUCGACAGGAAUGCAACACGCAACCGUGUUUAGCUGAAAUAAAUCUUUCCUGCAGCGACCAGUAUCAUAACUGCCUGGUGGUGGUUCAGGCCCGACUCUGCAUUUACCCCUACUACAGAGGCGUGUGCUGCGCCGCCUGCUCUCGCGCCCAGAAGACAUACCCCAACUCAUUCCAGACGAAUCACAUUCGCAGGUGA